AUGAGCGAAUCCGUUGUACUUCGUGGAACCCUCGAGGGACACUCCAACUGGGUCACUGCCCUCGCCACCAGUGCAGAAAACCCAGACUUGCUCGUGUCUGCCUCGCGCGACAAGACCUUGCUCGUUUGGCAAAUCACCCGCGAUGAAGGCAGCUACGGCGUGCCCAGGCGUUCCCUCAAGGGCCACAAUGGCUUCGUUUCUGAUGUCGCCAUCUCCUCAGACGGUCAAUACGCCCUUUCCUCAUCAUGGGACCACACUUUGCGUCUCUGGGACCUCAACACGGGUUUGACCACAAAGCGAUUUGUUGGCCACACCAGCGAUGUCCUCUCCGUCUCCUUCUCUGCCAACAACAGGCAGAUUGUGUCUGGUUCGCGUGACCGCACCAUCAAGCUCUGGAACACUCUUGGUGACUGCAAGUUCACCAUCCAGGAGAAGGGACACUCCGAGUGGGUCUCGUGCGUGCGAUUCUCACCCAACCCUGAGGCUUCCGUGAUUGUCUCUGCCGGCUGGGACAAGGUUGUCAAGGUUUGGGAGUCGACUCGUUGCAAGCUCGUCACGAACCACCAUGGUCACAACGGCUACAUCAACGUGGUCACCGUGUCUCCCGAUGGUUCGCUCUGUGCUUCCGGUGGCAAGGACGGCACCACCAUGCUUUGGGACCUCAACGACUCAAAGCACCUCUACUCACUCGAGUGUGGUCAGGAGAUUCACUCCCUCGUGUUCUCCCCUAACCGAUACUGGCUUUGUGCCGCAACUGGCUCUGUCAUCAAGAUCUUUGACCUUGAGACCAAGCUCGUUGUUGAGGAGCUCAAGGUUGACUUUGUCGGUGUCGGCAAGAAGUCCCAGGAGCCUCAGGUUACUUCCCUCAGCUGGUCGGCUGACGGUGCAACCCUCUUCUCUGGCUACACUGACGGUCUCAUCCGGGUCUGGUCGGUCGUUUAG